AUCUACCCUCCUCUCUCGUUCACUCAACCCACCGUUACCAUCCCACCCCCUCCCCUCCCCCGCUGUCCCUCCAUCUCUUCCUCCUCCACCCAUGCUCCCUCCUUCCUUCCUAUCCCUCCCCUUCCAACCCUCAAAACCCUUUCUUUCCCCCACCGCCCACCCCUCCUCCCCACCCACCUCGUGACUCUCUCUCUCUCUCUCUCUCUCUCUCUGGGAGACGGCUGUGGCUGGAAAAGCGGUAUUAGUUCGGCGGAACGAAAACAAGGAAAGAUUGAAAAAAAAGGAAGAGAGAUCUGACUGGAGAUUGUGGAAGUGAGAGAAAGAGAGAAUUGUAAUUAAUAUAUUUUUGUAACUUUCUAAAAUAUAAUUUGUCAAAAAAAUUAAUUAAUAAUUUUUUUUGUCAUAUCCAAUUUACCCUUAGUAACCUUUUUAUUAAUCACCGUAACCUGUCUCCUAACCGGCUCAGAGUUGGGGGCAAAGUUGAUGCCAUAACAACAGAGCAGUGCCUGGCUCGGCUACAUAGGAACAUCUCUACUACUAACAGGUUGUUGAACAACCUCGACGAGAAUCAGCAGCACUAGAUUCGAGCUUAUCCCACUUCGACUUCUUUGUUACUUUGUAUACAGGGCCUGGAUUUCAGCUCCUUUCCUGUAAUCUUUCCGUAAUGUUUCGUUUUUUUCCAGCAUGCAGGUUGAUUGUUUGGCUCUCUGCCUCCGCCCGCUGUGCGUGUACUCUGUUC